AUGAGCACCCACUUUGCCCACAAAGCGAUUCGCAAUCAGGAAGAAGACGAUAAUCGUCGCAAAAGUUGUCCCAACGAAGACCGAAAUAAUAUGCGAAAGGCGUCGAAGGUCAUUUCCCUCAUUCUUGGCGAAGGUCCGUCUACUUCCACGCUUCCAAAAAGAGAGUCAGAAGUCUCAGCUCCAGAACAGGAACGAGAGGCAGUCAACCAAAUAAAGGAGCAGGUUGAUCUGUCCAAAGUCUCUAAAGAGGAGUUGAGGAAAUUGGCGGAAAGCGUUGAACACUUGGGCGAAACUUCAAAAGCAUCUGCGCCGGGUUUAAAUGAGGAUAAAAUUAUCCAGAACAACUUGACUGAAGAAGCAACAAUCGAACGGGAAAUCCAACAGACUGGAACAACAUCAAUCCAGACCAGAACUUCGGUUCAAGAAGCAACAAAAGAAUCUAAUAAGGAAAUGGGUCUUUUUAUUACUAGUUUUUAA